CGCCCUGGGCGCGGCCCUGGGCCGUCGCCAUCCUCGCCAUCGCCAUUGUGGCCCUGGAGGCCAGCGCCGUGACGGCCGCGCCGCAGUCCACCGACCGAGUGCUGGUGAAACGCGGCGUGGGCAAGUUCGGCGACCGCUGCGACACCAACUCGGACUGCCGCUUCCAGGGCUCCAUGUGCGACCCCAAGGCCAAGACCUGCCGAUGCGUGCCGGACCUGCCCGCCACCAACCACAUCGACAAGUGCGGCAAGCCGGCGGGCGUCAACGAGUCCUGCUUCUUCAACGACCAGUGUGAGCAGCACCUGCUGGCCACCGAGUGCCGUGACGGCCGCUGCGCCUGCCGCUUCGAGAGGACCCCCGUCGUGAACGCGGACGGCUACGUGGAGUGCGUGGUGAUGCAACAGCCCGAGCCCCCGGGGCCGCCCGUCGACCCCACCAUGAUCGGCGUGCUCGUCGGCAUGGGGCUCAUGUUCAUCACGCUGUGCGUCGUCAUGCGGCUCUUCAGCCAGGCCCGCUGGCGCGACAACAGGACCAUCUUCAACACGCCCAACCCGCGCCUCAUGAACGCCUCGCUGCUCAAGCAGGACAAGCACAAGGAGGAGCGGCGCGGGUCGCGCGGCUCGGUGCGCGGCCCGUCCAGGCAGCCCUCCAUGGCCUCGCUGCGGCCGCACUCGCCCGGCGCCAACGGGUCUCGCCAUGGUUCUCGGCCCGAGUCGGCGGGCAGCUCCAACGCCUCCGCCACCUCCACCAAGUCCCUCAAGUCGCCCACCAUGCUCAACGCGGGCAGCAGCGUGCAGUCCCCCAUCCUGGAGAGCGUCACCGUCGAGGUCCAGGACCAAGAGGAAGAACACCCCCACUCCCGGGCCUAGGUUUCGAAUCCCCGCGCAGGAUUGCGAAACGUUUUUCUUUGGAUCAUCUUUGCGUCACUGGAGCGCUCCAAACGGGAAAAGGGAAAGGAAUAUUCAGGGUUGGUUUUCAUUCGGUCGGGGAGCGUUUGGAACAAAGAAUUAUUCUGACCAGGUAUGUUUAAGGAAACAGGAAAUCAAAACUUAUGGGACAGUGGUGGUGGAGUGGUGACGACGGAGUAUUUUUUCAGAGAUGAUAAAAUAUGACACCUCUGUGGCUCUGCGUGCUUACAUUAGCAAUAAUUCUAAUACUGUCUCGACUGUCCUACUCUCUUUCUCAAUUUAAAGUGAAAUUCUAAGCUUUGUUAGCAUGAGUAUUACUCUUCUAGUGAUAGUGGAUAAUAAUGUUGGGAACGGAGACUAACUCGCAUAUUCUUGCGACCAGAAUUUUGGUUCGUCUAAACAUUCAACUAAAUCAAACAGUCCAUAGACAAGUGAUUUUUUGGGGAUUCCCUAGACCAAAUUUUCAUAGCACAACGGAGUCUUGUACAAAUUCGCUGUAUGCAGCUGCACCUUUUGGUCAUUUUUGUGGUAAAUAUGUAACACCAAAACACGCUGUGAUUUUGCAAUACAUCUGAAGGCUUGGAAGGAUCUGUCACACAGAGCUUCUCUUUGACAGGGUUUUUUCAAUUUUUUUUGUUGAUAAUUUUUGAGGCGAGAUUCCAUAAUAUUGUUUAUUGCCACUGGAGGUGGCGGUGUGAUGGGCCAUUUUUACCACGGAGUUCAAAUUCGUGUCAAGUGUAGCCGCUUUGCUGAUAUUGCUGGCCGCGCGGCGACUUUAAAACUUUAAAUGGCACAAACUUUGUACAUGUAUGUUAUUCUGUUUGUCGUUUACUAGAGGUGUAAUUUACAAAAAAAGAGAGGCAAAACCACAUGUCGUUGUUUUCCCGGGUACUUUAUUUAUUUUAAUUUUUAUGUAUUGAUCGGUUGGUCUGGUGUCGAGGUGCGGGAGUAAAAGGGACCAUGCCUUGUUUCUUGUUUUGAGGGGAAACGGGUGGGAAGCGUUUGACCCAAAUGAUGGCCUAUACAAGCACGCCUGGAUACACUGUAAACACAGUAUUGAUGCCAAGGGUUGUUUUUUUGUUUUGUUUUUUAAAGAGAACUUAGCUUUAAAGCAUUUCAGCAGUUUUUCUCUGGCUCUGUAAAACAGCAUUUCGCCUCAGUCCAGUUCCUGACCGACUCAUUAGUUAGUUCCUGUCUCGUUUGCCUAAGCUAGCUCUCUCCUAUCUCAUUGGAACGGGAGCCUUAAACCAUUUAGACUCAAAUGCAUAUUCCGGUCCGAAAGUUGCCGGACUCACUGCGUCAUUUUUCGACAAGCAGCUCGUAUCUCGGGCGGCGUUCAUAGUUGAGAGGCUGCACUGCACGUUCGUCGCCCAGGCGAGCCCCAAACGCCUCUCAUCGCAUUCUCCUAUUAUUGGCGGAGAAAGACCACACCGAUUGCCUUUGUGUUAUCUUGUCGGCUUCAAUUCACUAAGUGGGUGUGAGGUGGAGCGCAGCACUGGCCGCACGACACCGGGCCGUGGCGGGGCGGGGCGGGACCCUGCUGGGGACCGCGAGGCCCCAAAUUGGUCUUUGGUUACAUCAAAUCUCAUCUAGUGGUAAAGGGGUGAUCGCGAAUACUUAAACAUAACUCACUUAAAGCAGUAAAGUUGAUUAGCGUUUGUACGUCUAUUGUACGUUAGCACCGAUUUUUCCCCACGUAUAUUUCUUAAACUUAUUUCUUCACUCUUACUACCGUAGUGCGCACACGGGAAAUAUUUUCCGUGCUAGAUUGGUCCUUAAACGAAGUAGCCGAUCAGCAUCACUCAGAGUUGACGAUUAACUGUAGUGUGCCUAGCGUGUUAAACGAACUUCAGCUGAAAUCAGCGGAGCCAGCUUUUCUCUUUUACGUAUUUUUAAGAUUUUACAGGGUUUGAGGACCCAAGAUAUCCUUACAUUACAUUAUUACUAAACUUAUCAACGUAAAUACUUCUCUUCUAUUGUCGUAUGUAAUCUAAUGCACAUACUUGUAUCUUCUAAACAAAACACUCUAUUUUAACUCAUUAUUAACUUGUAACCACUGCGUUUUUACUCUAUUUUUUACCUUUUAUCGUAUUUAUAUUACUAUUCUCGUGUAGGUUUGUAAGACGAAAUCAGAAAAUUGGGGAAGAUUUUCUGAUUUCAACGAGUAGUUUUUUAAGAUUUUAUGCGAUUUCCUCUUUCGAGUGCCGCGCGGCCCGGAUUGGCCAGAGAGUUGGACUCGAGGACCGAGGACACUCAGAUUGUAACCUAGUGCGACCAGGGUUCCAGGGUCCAUUCCCUGUCACAAUUCAUUUUGUGAACGCUCUUCUCGCUACAAUUGUGAUACCAUCCUAGAGACGAACACAGUGUUGACGUUUGUUAUCUUAUUCUGCUCAAUCUUUGUGUGCGUCGCUCCACUGGCCCCACGCUACAAGUGCAUGGGUGACCGCGUGUCAGUGUGUGAGUGCGUGUGCGUGUGUGUGUGUGUCUGCGUGCUCGUCUGUGUGCGGCAUACAAACCUUUAACCUUUAAGCGUACAUUUCAGUCCUUUCUACGCCCUGACCUUUGCUAUGUAUUUGUAAAUGAUCUCUUGUAAAGAUAAAGAUAGCUAUAGCUACCCACCACCUCUAGUAUUGUACUCCUAUAAUUUAGCAUUUCUAUCAUGAUAUGUAAUGUACUUCUUCCAUAUGUAAGAGUUAUUUUCCUAUCUUUAGCUCUCUAUACUUGCUAGUUUUGUUUCCUCUCCGGUGCGUUCAUAGAGCGCAAAGAAAAAAGAACGGCUCUCUGCUAUUUUCCCUGUCGAACUCGAAAUAUUGGGGAAGAUAUUCGGGUCCGUAUCAUGGAAAAUGGGUCCGCUUGACGACUUGGCGGCUUGACGCUGUGAGUCUUAUUCCUACCAUGAGCCUUAUCGCCUUGCAAAAAGGCCUCGCCUAGCACCUUCCAGUCCAAUUGCCUAUACAUAUCUACCUUAAUCCUCCGACUAGCUUCCACGUACCGCUUUGUAAACCCAGUGUACCCCUCUCAGAGUAGCAACCUAGCAGCGUUAAUCCUUCUUUCAUUUUCGUUGACAAAAUAAAAAGUGUUUCGCUACGACA